GCCUAAUAAAACUUGCCCAUUAUUAAAAUCACACGUGUGACAUUAGGGCCUAUAACUGAGAAAAGAAUUGUUCGUGUUUGGCUUAUGUUCAUUACUCAUAAAACACACAAAAAAAAACAACCAAAAAAAAUAGUUUACAAAAGACAGACAGAUCGCAAAAGCCAUUCCUCAAAUAAAAUAAAACAAAUAAAAAAGACAGCUUUGAGUGAACACCUCCAACGUCGUCUUCGUCCCACACAGGAGGUUCAAUUGAAAAUGGUAACCAAACACCAUUAUACUCGAGUUGAUACGUUAGAGCUGAGAGAUCUAAUCUAUAGGAAGAUUGGGCAGCAGAGAGCUGAAAAGUACUUCAAUGAGCUUAGUAGAUUUUUCAGUUCAAAGCUGAGCAAGGUUGACUUCGAUAAGUCUUGCAUUCGAACUAUUGGGAGAGAGAAUAUCCACCUACAUAAUCGUCUACUUCUCUCCCUAGUGAAAAAUGCCUCUUUGGGUAAGGUUCCUCCACCAAGGCCUAAAAAAGUUGAAGAAUCUCUCAGCAUCAAAGUUGGGAACGGUUACCAAAGAAGUUGUCUACAAUCGCUCUAUGGUGAUGCAUUUCCCUCAUCACCUCGCAAAACCAGGUCUCCAGUUAGUAGGGACAGAAGGUUGCGGGAUCGUCCAAGUCCUCUUGGACCACUUGGGAAAAGUCCUAUUAUGUGUGAAGAAGCAGCACCUAGGAUACAAGAACAGCAAAGUGCCACAGAGUUGCAUUCCCUUGGUAGCAGACCUCCAGUUGAAGUUGCAUCUGUAGAAGAUGGGGAAGAAGUUGAACAAUUUAUUGGAAGUCCAGGCAUCCAAAGCAGAAGCCUUGUCACUGCCCCUCUUGGAAUUUCUGUGAAUGUAGGUGGGGCUCGAAAAACUCUCCAUAGUGGAUCAGUGUACAACUUUUGUCUGGAGACUUGUCAAAGCUGUGGAGAAUUGCCUGACAGUAGAUCAUUAAGAAGCCGUUUGGAGCGGAAGUUAGAGUCGGAGGGGCUUGGAAUAUCAUUGGACUGUGCUAACCUGCUAAAUAAUAGCUUAGAUGCAUUUUUGAAAAGGCUGAUUGAACCUUGCAUAGGACUGGCUGGAUCUCGACAUAUAAAUGAACGUGUCAGAUAUUGUAAUGGCCAAAUACUGCCUGGAUGGUAUGGACAAUAUCCUGGAAAUUAUACAAAAAGACAAACAAGAUCCUCAUAUGCUAGGAUGUUGGAUUUCCGAGUGGCAAUGGAGACAAAUCCUCAUAUACUUGGGGGAGAUUGGUCCACACUACUUGAGAAGGUCUGUGCUUCUGCUUCUGAAUAAACAGCUCUCGGUCAUCAAUCUUGUUACCAGAUGGAUAAGUGGAAAUUUCAGGUUUUUGUGUCUGAUUUGAUGAUGAGGUUUUCGACAUGAUUUCUCACAGAAUGAAGUAUCUAUGAGAAUUGCCGAAGGAACAAGCAUGUGAAUAUUGUGGGAAGCUGUUGGAUGUGUGUUGUGGGAUUUGUAUUCUAGGAGAAUUGGUCCCUUGAAAGGGUCAUGUUUACAUAGAUUAAGAAUAGAUAUUGUUUACAAGCACUUGCUCUUAUGUCAUUUUUCAUUUUACAGAUGAGGUUUCUAUGAAAUAUUUUCAUGAAAUAAAUCAUUUAGUUCCAUGCAGCUGUGUACUAUUGUAAAACUGAGAAGUUAGCAAGUGAAUCAAUUUCUAACCAUUGCUGAGUGUUUUCAGCUCCAAAGAUUUUCCAAUUUCCUGUCUCUUCAAUGAUCCACUUUUGCAACAAAGAGGCAACAGUUUUAUUUCCCGUGUCAAGUGAAAUGGACAUUUUAUUUCUUCUUCCUGGGUUAAAGUGUCAAGUGCAAUCCUCUAGAGAUGAAUAUAGUGAGAUAUGCACUUCCUGCCCUUAAAAUUCUUGAGGUUGAUUUGAAGUUUGUCCAAUGUGAUGUCUGAUUGGUGGCUUCAAGCUUAAGGUGACAUGCUUCCAUUAUUGGCUGCAAAAUGUAACAUCAUGGUUUAAAGAUUGGUUGCUUUUGGCAGUCGUCUGUAACAUAUCUUACAUUGCUUCUUUUUUGGUGUUGUUUGUUUGUUUGAGCUUCUAUAUGUUGGUGGGCCUUUUUUCUCUUUGUUUUUCAUCCCUCCUUUCUAUUCUAUCCAAAUGCUAAUGUCCUUUAAAUGUUUGAGGUUGAGUCUGCCCAAAUUUAUUGAGGUUGAUCUGAUGUAAUGUGAUGCCUCAUGGGUGGUUUCAGUCCUUCAAGUUAUGUAUAUGCUUCCAGCAUUGGCUGCAAAAGGUUACAUCAUGGUCCAAAGGCUGGUUGCUUUUAGCGUCUUCUAUCUCUAGCAUAUUAAACAUUGUUACUCUUCCUUUGUUCCUUGCUUGUUAGUGCAAUUCUGCAUGUUUGCGGGUUUUUUCUGAUCUCUUCGUCAUCCUUUCUUUCUAGUCUAUCCAAAUGACAAUGCUCUUUAAAAGUUUGAGGUUGAGGUAUGCACUUCUUGCCCUUACAUUACUGAGUUUGAACUGACUUUGUCUAAUGAGAUGCCUGAUUGGUAGCUUCGAGCCUUAAAAUGAUAUACAAUUCCAGUACUCGCAUCAAAAAGAAACAUCACGGUCGGUUCAGCAGUUGGUUGCUUCUGGCAGUCUCCUGUCUCGAGCAUAGCAAAUGCAUUGUUACUCUUCCUUGUUUCUGUGCCUGUUCGUAAACUUCUGCAUGUUGGAUGGGCUUAUUUCUCUUUGC